AGUUAGAGAUAGAAAGAGAAUGCAAGAAUACAAAAGCUUCCUCUCCUUAGUAAACCCCACAAAAACAACUUCACAAAAAUAAUUCUUCCAAACAAGUUAUUUCACUUGGGCUUCUUCAACUAUCUUCCCCAUAAAAAAAAAAAAAAAAAAAAACUAGCUUCAACACAAACUUUUUUUAAAAUUUAUGAUUAGCUAAAUCAAGUAAUUAAUAGACUAAUUAGGUAGAUAGAACAUAAUUAAGAUUACUUCCAAAGAAAGAAAGAAAAAUUCUUGUAUUUGUUGCUAUUGUGGUUUUGAGAAGUUAGUGCUUUGUUUGGAGAAGUUAGGUGGAAUAAAUUAUGAUGGCAGGAAACCCUAGUAAUUGGUGGAGCAUGCAUAGUAACUUGAGGUCAUCUUCUUCACCAACUGAUCAUCAUCAACAUAAUCAUCAUCAACAACAUGAAGAUGAAGAAGAAGAUACUAAUAAUUUGCUCAUCUCCCAAACACACCCUUCUAAUUCUCUUUUACCUCUUCAAUUUCUACAUGGAUCUUCUCAUUCAUCAUCUUCUUCUUCUUCACUUCUUCCUUUUAUCGCGUCGGCGGCCGACCCUCAUGCCCAUGACUUUCCUCAUUCUUGGAGCCAACUCCUCUUGGGAGGAAUGGCUAAUGAACAAGAGGAAAGGUUUAGUUCAAGCGAAUUCGAAGCAACAAGGGUGAUUAAUGGUGGUUUACAACAAAUUGAUGUUAAGCAUGAGUUAAGUAGCCAAAGUAACAAUCACACCACCACCACCAACAACAACAACAACAACAACAACAACAACAACAACAACUUGGAGUUGUAUGGGAAUCAAUAUCAUGAUCAAGAGCAAGAAGUAUCAGUAGGAGUGAGUGAUAGGGUGGCGGCGGCGGCGGUGGCGGUGGCGACAACGACGGCUGCAGCUAAUUGGACGACUCAUCAGAUCAUGCCAGCUUCAUUAUCCCCUAAAUCUUGUAUUACUAGCUUAAGUAGUAGUAAUAACCAUAAUCAUAAUCAUAACCAUAACCAUAACAAUAGUAAUAUGUUAGACUUUUCUACUAAUAAUAAAAGGACACUUGAAGCUGAGAGUCAUCAACAUGCAGACCUUACUACUACUAAUUCUGAGCAGUGUAAUAGCACAGCUACUAAUGGAGGUGUACAACCACCUAAGAAGCCUAGGGUUCAACCCUCUUCCACCCCACCUCUCAAGGUGAGAAAGGAGAAACUAGGAGAUAGAAUAACAUCCCUUCACCAGCUUGUUUCUCCAUUUGGAAAGACUGAUACAGCUUCAGUGUUGUUAGAAGCAAUUGGCUAUAUCAGAUUCCUUCAGGGUCAAAUUCAGGCUCUUAGUUCUCCUUACUUGGGAAAUAAUAACGCCUCUUCGAAGAAUAACCAACAUUCUAUUCAUGGAGAAAGGAAUUGUCUAUUUCCUGACCAUCCUGGACAGCUUUUGAAUGAUUCCUGCCUGAAAAGAAGAGGAGCUGCAUACCAAGAGGACAACAAAGACGCAGCAUCAAAGGAUUUGUUGAAAAGUAGAGGGUUAUGUUUGGUUCCAAUAUCUUGCACCCAGCUUAUUGGGAGUGACAAUGGAGCUGAUUAUUGGGCACAAUCACUUGGUGGAGGAUUUUAACCAAUAUUAUAUUAUUAUUAUUAUAGAUUUAUCAUUACUUAAUUAAUGAUGAUGACAUAUAAUUAAUGUUGAAUUGAAACUAUAUGCUUCAAUUAAUUAAUGAUAUUAUGUAUAGGCAAUUAAUUAAUUAGUGGAGUGGUAUAUCAUCAUGAGCACUCACUCUGCUUAAAAUCUUGGAAGGUUGAUUGCUCUUGAUGCUAUAUAUGCAUAAUACAUAUGUAUUCCGGCUUGAAAGUUAAAACAAUGCAUGUUCGGGUGACCAUAUACUCCAUAUGAUGUAAAGUACGUACCCUGAAUUCUGUAUGAAAGGUUUAUUUACCUUUUCUUGUAAGUUGUAACGAUGAGAAAGUCUCGUCGUAAAAGAUCAAUUGUUAUUUGCAGGGAUUGAUCCCUAGUCACGUACUCACUUCCUUUCCAUUUUA